AUGACCAUCCCAACUACCACUCCCGUCAUCGAUAACCAACUCCCCCGUCCGAAAGAUGUCGGUAUCCUUGCGAUGGAAGUUUAUUUCCCCCGUCGAUGCAUUUCUGAAGCCGACCUCGAAAUAUUUGACGGCGUUCCCCAAGGGAAAUACACCAUUGGGCUAGGCCAAGAGUACAUGGCGUGGCCAGAUGAUCGUGAAGACAUCAAUUCAUUCGCUCUUAACGCGGUCGCAGGAUUACUGGAGAAAUUCAAUGUGGACCCUAAAUCGAUUGGCCGCCUCGACGUCGGCACCGAAACUAUCAUCGACAAAUCCAAGUCUGUGAAAACGACUCUCAUGGAUCUUUUCGCAGAGUCUGGGAACUUUGAUAUUGAAGGUAUCGAUUCGAAGAAUGCUUGCUAUGGUGGUACUGCUGCGCUCUUUAACGCCAUAAACUGGAUCGAGUCGAGAUCCUGGGAUGGGCGGAACGCCAUUGUCGUCGCUGGCGAUAUCGCCGUCUACGCUGAGGGUGCUGCUCGACCAGCUGGUGGUGCGGGCUGCGUUGCCAUUCUCAUUGGCCCUAAUGCCCCUGUGGUAUUCGAAUCGAUCCAUGGAAACUACAUGUGCAACACAUACGACUUCUAUAAACCAAACCUCUCCUCCGAAUACCCUGUAGUCGACGGUCCUGUUUCCGUCGUUACAUAUGUUGCAGCCCUUGAUGGCGCGUACACCUUCUUCCGCGAGAAAUUAGCCAAAGCUGCCAAACGUGCCGCAUUUCACGGUUCCAACUUGACUGCCGAAUCGUCUUUCUCCCUCCAAAGUGUCGACUAUGCCCUUUUCCACAGCCCAUACGGCAAGCAAGCCGUCAAGGGCCAUGCACGCAUGCUGUUCAAUGAUUUCCUCGAUAACCCCAAAGCACCCCACUUUGCCAAUAUCCCAAACGCAGAUUCCUUCCUCGCUGCGACUCAUGCUGAGUCACUCACAGAUAAGAACGUUGAGAAGACAUUCAUCGCCGCGUCAAAAGCAUCGUUCAAGCAGAAGACCGAUCCCGGUAUGUCCUGUUCACGGCGCCUUGGAAACACGUAUACAGGGUCGCUGUACGGCUGCCUCGCCUCAUUGCUGUCCAACGUCGAAACCACGCAGCUUCAAGGAAAGCGCGUGAGCUUGUUCUCAUUUGGCAGCGGAUUCGCGUCCAGCUUCUUCGCUCUCCGCAUCAAGGGAGAUACAUCGGAGAUCAGCCGGCAGAUGAACCUCCUGGAACGGCUUUCAGAGAUGAGUGUGGUUCCUCCUCAGGAGUUCAUCAAGGCGUUGGAGCUACGGGAAAAGAAUCACAAUGCGGUUGAUUACACGCCAGAGGGCCUGAUCGAGAAUAUCUGGCCGGGUGCUUAUUAUCUUGAUAGUGUUGAUGCCAAGUACAGGCGGAAAUACGUCAGGGCGCCUUUCGCGGCUUAG